AAGAUAAGUCGAUAAAAUGUUGGGAAUCAGAAAACGGAGUGGGUGUCGUCUGAUCUUCCUGAACAGGGGGGCUCAACUAGCCGAGAGAACAGGGGCUCGUCUUCCAACUUCAUCGUCCAUGGAGACCGGUGCAUCAGAAACCGCAGGAAAACCCAUAAAAUGCAGAGCUGCAGUAUGCAGAAGAGCAGGAGAGCCCCUGGUGAUGGAGGAAAUACAGGUGGACCCGCCCAAGGCGUGGGAGGUCCGCAUCAAGAUCGUCUGCACCUCGAUUUGCCACACCGACGUCACUUUUUGGAAGAGGGACUCUGGUCCAUUUGCUGUUUUCCCGAGGAUCUUGGGUCACGAAGCCGUUGGGGUGGUGGAGAGCGUGGGUGACAAGGUGGAGGAGGUGAAGGCAGGGGACACAGUGUUGCCCGUGUUCUGUUCCAACUGCGAGAAGUGCAGAGACUGCAAGUCCGCCAAAGGCAACACUUGCUCCGUCUUCGCGGGCCGGCCUCCCGGUCCCGGAAUGCAGAGGGAUGGGACCGGCAGGUUCCGUGCGGUGAAGGAUGGGGAGGCCAUACAUCACUUCCUGGGAGUGUCCAGCUUCAGCGAGUACACGGUGGUGGACGUGGUGCACGUUGUCAAGAUCAGCUCCCCCAUCCCCCUCGACAGAGCCUGCCUCCUCAGUUGUGGUGUUUCCACAGGAGUAGGAGGUGCAUGGAAGGUGGCCGACGUAGAGCAAGGCUCCUCCGUCGUCAUCUUUGGUCUCGGAGUGGUCGGACUUGCGGUAGCAGAAGGCGCAAGGCUGAGAGGAGCUUCGAAGAUCGUAGGAGUGGACUUGAAUCCUGACAAGUUCGAACUAGGAAAGAAGUUCGGCGUCACCGAUUUCGUCAACCCUGAGGCUUGUGGAGAGAAGCCAAUUAGUGAGGUGAUUAAAGAAAUAACGAAUGGGGGUGCAGAUUAUAGCUUCGAAUGCGUUGGAUUGGCUUCGGUGACGGCAGACGCCUUCAAUAGUAGCCGAGAGGGCGGAGGGAAGACGGUGAUACUGGGGGUGGAGGCGCAGGGGGCGCCGCUGAGCCUCGGCUCCUAUGAGAUCCUGAGAGGCAGGACGGUGGUGGGCUCCUUAUUCGGCGGCCUGAAACCCAAAUCCGACAUCCCUCUCCUCGCUCAGAAGUACCUGGAUCAGGAGCUCAACUUGGAUGACUUCAUAACGCAGGAGGUGAGCUUCCAGGACAUCAACCAGGCGCUGGAUUUGCUGCUUCAAGGGAAGAGCCUCCGCUGCAUCAUAUGGAUGGAUAAAUAGUAUGCCGCUUUCAUUCGUCGCCGCGAUGUCUCGAAGACAGAUCAUCUCUGCAUGUGACAGCAUUUGUCGAUUCGAAGCGUUCGGUUUUUGAAUUUUCGUUGCCGUUUUUCAUGCCUCGUGUGAUGGUUGACGCAUCAACAGUCGGAUAAUAAGAAGGGUCGCCUUCGGUUAUUUA